AUGAAUCCGGUACUGUGCGAUUUCAUUGCCGGUUCCUUCGGUGGGGCCUGCGGAUUGCUGGUUGGUCAUCCGAUGGACACCAUUAAGGCAUGGCAGCAGAAUUCAAACUAUGGCAUGGGCAGCGCGAUGUACAACAUCAUCAUACGCAACAAUGGUCUCAGAGGAUUCUACCGUGGAAUGUACUUCCCACUGCUAUCGAACGGUGCCUUGAAUUCGGUCGUCUUUGCCGUGUACGGUUCACAUUUGCGCUAUCUACAAAAACACACACGAUCGGAUCGGCUACGGAAGGCCUACUGGAGAAAGCACGUGUUUUUGGCAGGAUCAAUGGCUGGCCUCGCGCAAGUGUUUCUGGCUUGUCCGAUCGAGGUGGUCAAGGUGCGCCUUCAGACACUGUCCUUUAUCGGCCAUCCGUGGGCCUGCCUGAAGGAUAUCUUUCGACGCGAGGGCUUCGCGGGGAUAUACCGCGGUAUCACACCGAUGAUGUUCCGUGACGUCCUGCCGUACGGUGUGUACAUGUACGUGUACGAGUAUAUGCUGGAGAUUGAGGAGCGAUUGCACCGGCUCAGCAAGGAACGGCUUACCGGUGUCCCGAUCGGUGGUGCCCUUCAAGCUUCGUUGAUAGCGACUGCAGGCGCUGUGGCGGGUGUUGCCUCGUGGAUGUUUAUCGUACCGUUUGACGUGGUAAAAACGGUCAUGCAGGCGGAAACGGACCCAUCCGUGCACAAGAGCAUGAUGCACUGUUUCCGAUCGAUGAUUAAGAAACAUGGAUGGCGUUCGCUGUUCCGUGGCAGUCUGGUGAUUAUUGCUCGUGCCGCUCCGGUCAAUUCAGCCACGUUUUUGGGGUAUGAGUACUGUUUGGAGAAGUGUCAACAUUUGUUAGAUGAGAAGUGA